UUUAACUUUUAGUGGUUGACGACAAGGAAAACUAAGGGAGUUGCUGUCAUCAUAAGGAAUUAUCAAAUUCUACAAGGAACAAGAGAAAUUUAUCAACGUCAUUUCGAAGGAUCAAAUGCUAAAUAAAGUUGAAGAGAACAUAUUUUUCGCUUUUCAGUAGUUUUAUAAACAUCAAGAAUGGCUUACAUGUCGCAAAAUUAUGGGUCUACUGACCAACGGACUGUGCCUGACGUUGGUUUUAGUCCUACUGAGCUGUAUAAUCUUAGCGAAAACAUAACAUCAAAUAUCUAUACUAUAAAUGCAAGCUGGACAACUUUGGACAAAGCAAGCAAGAAUAUAGGCACUAAUAAAGAUAACCAAGAACUUCGGGAUAGAGUACGAGCAACACAACGUAACACAAAUCAGGUGGUAACCCAGACCAGCCGAGAUAUAGCGAGGAUAACAGUGUUGAUGAGGAAAGGCGACAAAGAGCAGAAACUACAAAUUGAGAAGCUAACCACGGACUUUAAGGAUGCUCUUCGAAGAUAUUCAGAUAUGCAACAAUCCAUUCUGCAAAAGAUGAAGAGACAUAUUUUGCCAUCUACGGUAGCCAUGGAGCAACAAGAAGACAGUGAUGGUGAACAACAAGGACUAAUGCAAGCUCAUCUAGAUGAUCAGAAGAAAGCUGAACAAAGAGAAUUAGAAUUUGUACAAGGAAUCCUUUUAGAACGUGAAGAUCGAAUACGACAAAUAGAAGAUGACAUUCUGGAUGUUAAUCAAAUAAUGCGGGAAUUAGGAGCUUUAGUCUAUCAGCAAGGUGCAGCUAUUGAUACCAUUGAAAAUAGCAUUGAAAAUGUUCAUGGAAAUGUUGGCUUAGGAGCUGAAGAGUUGGCACGUGCUAGCAAUUAUCAGAAUAAAUUCCGACGAAAAUUAUGCAUUCUGUUGAUAAUAGCCUUUGUUGCUCUCAUUAUUCUGACGAUUAUUCUAGUCACAAAGCUUAGUUAGCGUUAUUUUCUUUAAACAAUUUUGAUAUGUGGCACAUCAAGACUUUGUCUCAAACUUAUCAUAAAUGUUAUCGCCUAAUGGAAUGUUUGUAUUUUUUUUCUUUUAAUUCAAUUCUCAAAUGCACAUACGUAAGAUGUCUAAGUCAUCACUUGUGUUGUUUGAAGAUAUUUUUUUUAUGCAUGUGCCAUUAUUUUUUCUAUUAAAUUUUUCAUUAACAAAAAGAACCAUGUGAUGAUUUUAAAUAUUUGUUACUACCAUUGAAAGAUAUUCUUAAUUAGUUAAAAUGAAUUAUAUAUUAUUGAUACUUUGUGAUUAUAUUAUGACUUUGAUUAAUACUUUUUCAAAUAUCAUGUGUAAUUAAGAAGGCAAUUUUUUACAUUGUAAUAGAUCCGCUUCUUGAUUAUAGUAUAAAAUAACCAUAUUUAGGCAUUCCAAAAAAUAAAAUAAUCAAUCGUACCCUAUUUAUCUAUCAAUAACUAUUAAUUGACUUGUAUAUAUAUUACUAAAUGUUACUAUUAUAGAAUAAAUUUUUUUUUAUUGUUGUGGACAAAGGCAAAACCGAUGUAAGGUAUAUUAUUGGAUAUGUAAAAUCAAAGUGAUGCAAUUAUGUAAACAUUAAAUAAACUAUUUGAUGCAAAAUAAAUGGAAUUAAUCUUU